AUGAUGGGGUUGUUGUCGACGAUUCGUGGCAAGAAAGACACAGUGGUCGCCAGCGGAAUAGGCUCCGCACAGGUCGGACCGCUCAAUACGAAGACGAAGAAGCUGGUGAUUCAGGAGUGGCCGAGGUGAGUAGGCGCAUCAGAAGAAGAGCAGAAAUGAGGGGGAAUGGGUUCAGGGUGCUCACACAGUGUCCGGAGCUCUUCACGGAGAUCUGGCACAAAUCGGCGACGCGCUCCACUUCGAUCAAAUUGGCAUUCGGAAUCGCUGAGAACGAGAGUCCGAUGCAAAAUGCAGCAUUUCUCGGGCUCUCAUCAACUAUUCAGGCUUUCUUUUACAAAUUGGUGAGCCGUUGCAGAGCGUAUUCCAUUCGAAGUUAGGCAACUUCCAGAUCAUCACAUACGAACUGAACGACGAGCAAGUGAGAGAAGCCUGCGAGCAGUUGGGAGCCCGCCACGUGGAUUUUAUCUCGCGUGGAUUCAACUCUCACUUCUGGGACAUUUUCCUCGUUUGCAUGGCUGAGAAGAUCGACGAGACGCUCUCGGCCUACAUGACCGAAGAGGACAAGAAGAACGAGAUGAUCCUUGCGUGGCAGAGGUUUGCAAUCCUUUCAAAUAUCAUUGAGGAACAGACAGUUUCAGAGUGGUCAACUCGAUCGUCCACCAGAUGCGCAACGGAUAUUCAGACCGUAGAAAGCUACAGCUCGGCGGCUCCAAAGGAGGCGUCAAUAACGGCUUCUGA